AUGGAGUCAAGUUCUAGUGAUCUUUCCUCUUCUACCCAACCACCUUCUCUGCCAAAUUUUCUUUGUAAAGUAUGCCUUCGCUCAUUUCAUUCAGAACGUGGCUUGUUACUACAUCGCAAAACUAUCAGUAAAUAUAAUAGACUUACAGAACAUAUUGACAUGUUGCUGUCACAAACUAUUAAAGAAUUUCAGGAAAUUUUUGUAUAUUAUAUUCAUAAAAAAUUAAGCAAAAAUCAUACCAAGGCUGGGCGUCAAACGGUUUCUUUUCCCUGUACAAAGAGUCAGUUUUUUUCAAUUUUUCGUGGAUUUAUUCAUUCUUUUCAAGCCAAGAGAGGUAUUUACAAAUGUUUUUUUCAAGGGAGUUGGGGGAAAAAACAAUUAAAUUAUAUUUUUAAUGACGAACAAUGGUCAAUAAAACAUUAUGACCAAGGACAAAAAACAUACAUAGUCUUACUAGAUCAAUCAAAUGGAUCGCGUAAUUUUUCUUCUGAACACAAUAGAGUAAAAACAAGCGAAACUAAUCCUUUAGUUGUACUUGCUAAUCAAAGAGCAUUUGGCAAGAAAAAUAUAAAAAGAAAAUCUUGUUACAAAAGAGGGGAAGUUAUUAUUGAGUGGAGGGAAAGAAAGGAUCAUGAAAUUAAUGAUAAUUUUUGUUAUGCUGGACAUAUUACUAUGAAUUUUUAUAUAUCUCAAAUUAGAAGUCUAAAUUGA